UGGGGUCAGAGAUGGGGAGGAAGGGGACAGUUGCGGGGGUGCCGGUGAGUGACUGGGGAUGGGGCCAGGGACGGGGACAGGGGGUGGCGGGGCCCAUCCCGCCUCCAUGGGGCCACAGCGGGGUUGUGUUGGGGACCGCCCUGUCCCCAGGUGCGUGCAGGGUGGCACCACGGCCAUCCCGGGUGCCUUCGGCUGCGGCAAGACGGUCAUCUCGCAGUCCCUGUCCAAGUACUCCAACAGCGACAUCAUCGUCUACGUGGGCUGCGGCGAGCGGGGCAACGAGAUGUCCGAGGUGCUGCGGGACUUCCCUGAGCUGACCAUGGAGGUGGACGGCAGGACGGAGAGCAUCAUGAAGCGCACCACGCUGGUGGCCAACACCUCCAACAUGCCGGUGGCCGCCCGCGAGGCCUCCAUCUACACCGGCAUCACGCUGUCCGAGUACUUCCGCGACAUGGGCCGCCACGUCAGCAUGAUGGCCGACUCCACCUCACGCUGGGCCGAGGCGCUGCGCGAGAUCUCGGGGCGCCUGGCCGAGAUGCCGGCGGACAGCGGGUACCCCGCGUACCUGGGCGCCCGCCUGGCUUCCUUCUACGAGCGCGCGGGGCGGGCGCGCUGCCUGGGCUCCCCCGGUCGCGAGGGCAGCGUCAGCAUCGUCGGCGCCGUGUCCCCACCCGGAGGGGACUUCUCGGACCCCGUCACCUCGGCCACGCUGGGCAUCGUGCAGGUGUUCUGGGGGCUGGACAAGAAGCUGGCGCAGCGCAAGCACUUCCCCUCCGUCAACUGGCUGAUCAGCUACAGCAAGUACCUGCGGGCGCUGGAGCCCCACUACGAGCGGCUGCACCCCGACUUCCCCACCCUGCGCACCCGCGCCAAGGAGAUCCUGCAGGAGGAGGAGGACCUGGCCGAGAUCGUGCAGCUCGUGGGCAAGGCGUCCCUCGCCGAGGCCGACAAGGUGACGCUGGAGGUGGCGAAGCUCCUCAAGGACGACUUCCUGCAGCAGAACGGCUACUCGUCCUACGACAGGUUUUGCCCCUUCUACAAGACGGUGGGGAUGCUGCACAACAUGAUCACCUUCUACGACCUGGCGCGGCACGCCGUGGAGGCCACCGGCGCGGGCGAGCGCCGCGUCACCUGGGCCACCAUCCGCGAGAACCUGGGGGACAUCCUCUACAAGCUGAGCGCCAUGAAGUUCAAG